ACUCAGUCGCAAUAGUACAGUAAUUCUGCAACUAAUCCUGGAUUAAUUCUUAAUUCUUGGUAAUAAUUCAGUAUGUGACAAAUCUCCGUGUAAUUAAUUACCAAUGGUUACCCAGUAUUAAGUGGGUUUAUUAUGGUAGUUAAUGAACUGUAAAAGCAGGUACACAGAUAUAAGGCGCAUACAGGUAACUGUCAAAAUAAUGGACGCACUUGAGUAAAUGAGGGAUCGGGGAAAGCGGGUGCUUCCACACAGGUGUGAUACCUGAGUUAAACCAUUUACAUCCCAUCAUGCUUAGGGUCACGUGUAAAAAUGCUGGGCUGCCUUUUUAUUUUGGCUACCAUGGUCAUUCCCUCAUAGGAUGACAAUACACAGGGCACGAGUGGUCACUGAAUGGUUUGUUGAGCAUGAAAAAAACCGAUGUAAACCAUAUGCCACGGCCGUCUCGGUCGCCACAUCUCAACCCAAUCGAACACUUCUGGAGCGGCGUCUGAGACAGCCAUCCACCACCAUCAAGAAAACACCAAACUAUGGCAUUUCUGGUGGAAGAAUGGUGUUGCAUCCCUCCAGUAGAGUUUCAGACACUUGUAGAAUCUAUGCCAAGGUGUCUUGGAAGAGGUUCUGUCUUGCAGAGGCCCAACACCCUAUUCAGACACUUGUAGAAUCUAUGCCAAGGUGCACGGAAGAGGUUCUGUCUUGCGGAGGCCCAACACCCUACUCAGACACUUGUAGAAUCUAUGCCAAGGUGUCUUGUGGAGGCCCAACACCCUACUCAGACACUUGUAGGAUCUAUGCCAAGGUGUCUUGUGGAGGCCCAACACCCUACUCAGACACUUGUAGGAUCUAUGCCAAGGUGUCUUGUGGAGGCCCAACACCCUACUCAGACACUUGUAGGAUCUAUGCCAAGGUGUCUUGUGGAGGCCCAACACCCUACUCAGACACUUGUAGGAUCUAUGCCAAGGUGUCUUGUGGAGGCCCAACACCCUACUCAGACACUUGUAGGAUCUAUGCCAAGGUGUCUUGUGGAGGCCCAACACCCUACUCAGACACUUGUAGGAUCUAUGCCAAGGUGUCUUGUGGAGGCCCAACACCCUACUCAGACACUUGUAGGAUCUAUGCCAAGGUGUCUUGUGGAGGCCCAACACCCUACUCAGACACUUUACGGUGGUGUUCCCUUUUAUUUAGGCAGUUACCUGUAGGCGCAGUAACACAACAGUGUCCUUGUCCCAGAAGUGAUCUUUAUCACUCGCCUCGGCCUUACGGUCGAUUUGUCUUGUUAAAAAUUGAAGGGAAUUGAACGAUCUUAUUUGGUAAUUAGGGUUGCAAAAUUCCUUGAACUUCCAAUAAAUUCCCUGGUUUUCCAGAAAUCCUGGUCAGAGGAUUCUAGAUUUGCUGCUUUAUUCCCUCUUGAUUAUGGGAAUCUACCACUUGUGAAACCCUAAUUGGUAUUGGUUAAAUCAAUAUUUGUCGAUUUUCAUGUAAGCACCUCUUUUUAAAAUGUUUAAUAAGAGUCUCCUUUUUUUGUUUUUCUGUU